UAUCUUUUAAACAGAACGUAUCUAGAACACAGAAAGGUGUCCUGUCUACUAGAGAUUUGACGGGGUUGUGGAGAACAUGGUGCUUGCACUGAGUUUGGCUAUGAGAGGGAUGAGGAACUCAAUCGAUGCCACGUUAAAUGCAAUCCACCGCGUGGAUCCCAUGAGGUGUGCACCGAACCCGGAAUAUGUAUCCGCUAUAAGGGCUACGAACCGGAUGAGGACACCAAUACAACCAAGGCUUCGUUGCUGUUAAAUGACACUUGUUCAAUGUGUUCAUGACGAUCACAUGGUCAGCUUUAGCCUUAGCCCUCGCCACCAGCUGCUUAUGGACAAGUCUGUUUGCUCAAAAGGUCUGCCAAGAAAUAGAACCCAUCAAAAUGGGCGACUUGGAUGAGAAGGAUUGGAUUGUACGUCAGGUGUGCUGUGCGGGCUACGAGGGCAUGCCCGGGAAUUGUAAGCCCCGCUGCACGCCCAGCUGUGUGAACGCCCAGUGUACCGCCCCACAGGAGUGCACCUGCAACGAGGGCUACGCGACGGUUGGUGGCAGGGACAACAGCACUGUCGGCUGCCAGCCCAAAUGCCACGACUGUCGCUAUGGCGACUGCAUUGCGCCCAACACCUGUCGCUGCUGGCCGGCAUUCAUGGGGCGAUCCCUCGGCCAGGGUUGCCAGCCCAUGGUAGAAUUUCUGAUGCCAGCCGAGCGUUGCCUGAUGAAUGCCUGCAACUGUUGGCAGGAGUACUCCAGCUGGACCCCCUUGUUGCAAGCGGCGACCAAAUGCGUAAGCAUUUGCCAGACGGGUGACAGGACACAGUCCUGCUUGAAUAUCGAGCAGUGUGUCUGCAGUCGACUCACUCGAUAUCUUGUCUGUGAGGGCGAGAAACUCGGAAUGCCACAGCAAUAUGCCUGCCAAGUUGAAACUGUCACAGAUCAAAAAUAUCGCUUUGAUCGGAUAAACGGAAAACCUUAUUCAGAAUGGACAGCCCAGACAGAUGGUCAGUUGGAUCAUUCAAAGCUAGUCAAGAACGGGAGGAAUGCUCAGACAGAUCCCACAGUCACGAAAUACAUCACAGAUUGGCGCCAUAAUACAGAUGGAUCUGAGUGGGUGUUCAUGAGGGACACGGUGAAGCCAAAGAAGCAUGAAGAUCAUCAGAAAAGGUUAGAUCCAAAAGAUCAGGGAAUGUUGCCGAAUCGAAAAACUCGUACAAGUAUUACAGAUCUGAUAAAUGCUUGGAAAGCAAAGCCCGACAGAGAUUACUCGGAUCUCAUUUAUAACACAGAUAAGAAAUAUAACUUGGAUCACAUUGAUAACUCGGAUCACAAAGAUAACUCGGAUCACAUUGUAAACGCCGAACACAAAGAUGGGUCACAACACACAGAUAAUUCAGAUCGUUCAAUUCAUAUUCAACUCCAGGCUAAUCAAAUACCAACGGAAUCGCAUUCUAAUCAAAGGAUUUUGGAAAAGAUAAAGGUGAAGAAAAUGUUAAAAAAGCCACAAGCCUUCAAAAAACUAGGCACGAUCAUUUUGUGUGGCAUUAUUGUUUUGAUUAUUAUUGUUGUAAGUGGCGUUGUUUUGUGCUUUGCUUUCUACGGGUGAUAAUAUCGAAAAGGAUUAUUGUAUCUUAUUUUUGAAAAAUAGUAGUUAUAUGGAAUAGAAUUUAUUAUA